GCUUAAUUAAUUCCACGGUAACGUCAGUUCCGUAAAGUGUCCCCUCUGGCUUCGUUCAUCAGAAGCUGCACGACUAUUCACGCGGAGCCUGAAUAUCAGUACAGUUCGAGUAAAUCUUUACUCUGAGAUGUCAGUCCAAUAAUUCUGAGCGACACUUCCGCCCCGGGCAGGAGCUGACCGCCACAGGGCGCAGCGGCUUCCUCUCCACCGCGUUUGAAGUGGGAUGCUCCGCCGUUAGCCUGCUCUUACUAGCUUGGUCUUUAGCUUCCCGAGGAGCGCCGUGUUGACGACGGGACAAGCAUAAGCUUCACUAUGACAGACAGCAUUAUGAGUAAAGCGGCGACUAUGGAGAUUCCCAUCAACAGUAAUGGCGACACAGGCACACUGCAGGAAGAUGACAGCCUUGAACAGAGGUAGGGAGCUCCAGAGACACCAGGGACCUUCAGCAGGUGAUGGUGUCAGGACCCAACCUCAAUGAGACCAACAUUGUGUCUGGAGGCUAUGGAGGAACCGUAGAGGGCAUCAUUCCCACCAGCUCAGUCACAGGCCCCGCUGUGCACUACAAUCCUGACUUUCAAAAAAGGAUCCCAGUUACAGGAUUCGGCUCCAACAUGCACCACAGCAGCAGCAGUUCAUCCAUGGCAGCAGAACAAACCACGCGCGGUGUGGCUGUGGAAAAACUUGAAUACAUGAAGAAAUGGGGUUUCAACACCUACAAGUGUACAAAACAAAUGAUCUCUGAGCGCUUCGGUCGGGGUUCUCGAACCGUGGAUCUGGAGAUGGAGGCUCAAAUUGAGGUGCUGAGAGACACGAAAAAGAAAUAUGAGAAUGUGCUGCGACUGGCCCGAGCGCUGACCAACCACUUCUACAACAUGGUGCAGACGCAGCACGCUCUGGGAGACACCUUCGCUGACCUCAGUCAAAAAUCUCCAGAGCUGAGGGAUGAAUUUGGCUACAAUGCAGAGACCCAAAAGUUGCUGUGCAAGAACGGGGAGACUCUGCUUGGAGCAAUCAACUUCUUUGUGUCCAGCAUCAACACAUUAGUGAACAAGACGAUGGAGGACACGCUGAUGACCAUCAAGAUGUUUGAGAAUGCAAGACUUGAGUUUGACGCCUACCGCUCAGAUCUAGACGAACUGAACAUGGGUCCAAGGGAUGCGGUUACUAUGGCGCGUAUCGAAGCUGCUCAGCAACAGUACCAUGUUCACAGAGAGAAGUAUGAACGCCUUCGCUCCGAUGUGACCAUCAAGCUCAAGUUUUUGGAAGAGAACAAGGUCAAAGUGAUGCACAAGCAGCUCCUACUCUUCCAUAACGCCAUCUCGGCAUACUUUGCUGGAAACCAGCAGCAGCUGGAGCAAACACUGAAGCAAUUCAACAUAAAGCUGAAGCCUCCAGGAGCUGAGAAGCCUUCCUGGUUAGAAGAGCAAUGAGGGGCCCCGGCGGACCUCCUGCAGCGUCCUUCUGAGCUGCCUCCACCUGUUGAAACCCCCACCUCACAGAGGACCACUACUGAGGGAAGCGCACAGCGAAAGCGUGAGGAUUGACACCAGAGUGUGGCUAGAUGACUUUAUCACAGGGUUUGAUCAAAGGACUACACGAAAACCGAGUGGUCCGUUUUAUGAACAUUCAGUGGGCUUUUAGUGCCUCUUCCCCCCAUCUUCCUUACUCCACUUUAUCCUCUCUGUGUGCUUUGUUCCCAAAUAAAAGCUUCAACUAUC